GCUUGUUGGUUGUUGUAGUAACGGGGGAAGCAGCCUUCGGCGGCUGCGUUGAUUCCGGCUGGGGAAGGAGGAAGGAGGUGAAGCAGAGCGUGGUCCCCGCCUGCCGGCCCCGAGCCGUGAGAAGAUGAGACAGGAGUCUGUGCCAUCCAAAUUGUUUGAUCCAGUGAGACUGCAAGGAAGAAAGGUCUCUGAGGCCUCUGUCUGCUGACUGUAUGACAGACCCCAAGGGAAAUGCCAGUUGUGAUGGCCCGGGACCUGGAGGAGACAGCAUCAUCCUCAGAGGAUGAGGACCUGGUAAACCAAGAGGAUCACCCAUGUAUUAUGUGGACUGGAGGCUGCAGGAGGAUUCCAGUUUUGGUUUUCCAUGCUGAGGCUAUUUUGACAAAGGACAACAAUAUUCGAGUAAUUGGAGAACGUUAUCAUUUGUCUUAUAAGAUUGUGAGAACGGACAGUCGCCUGGUGCGAAGCAUUCUGACAGCCCAUGGAUUUCAUGAAGUUCACCCGAGCAGCACUGACUAUAACCUGAUGUGGACAGGAUCCCACCUAAAGCCCUUCUUACUUCGAACCCUCUCUGAAGCACAAAAGGUUAAUCACUUCCCCAGGUCUUAUGAACUAACCCGCAAGGACCGACUGUACAAAAACAUCAUUCGGAUGCAGCACACUCAUGGAUUUAAGGCCUUCCACAUCCUCCCUCAGACCUUUCUCCUGCCAGCUGAGUAUGCGGAAUUCUGUAAUUCAUAUUCAAAGGACCGAGGACCUUGGAUAGUAAAACCAGUGGCCUCUUCUAGGGGGCGGGGCGUCUACUUGAUCAACAAUCCAAACCAGAUCUCCCUGGAAGAGAACAUCUUGGUCUCCCGUUACAUUAACAACCCCCUACUCAUAGAUGAUUUCAAGUUUGACGUUCGCCUCUAUGUGCUUGUGACUUCCUAUGACCCCCUUGUCAUCUAUCUCUAUGAGGAAGGACUGGCUAGGUUUGCAACUGUACGAUAUGAUCAAGGCUCCAAGAACAUUCGGAACCAGUUCAUGCACCUGACAAACUACAGCGUGAACAAGAAGAGUGGAGACUAUGUGAGUUGUGAUGAUCCAGAAGUGGAGGAUUAUGGAAACAAGUGGAGCAUGAGUGCCAUGCUUAGGUACCUGAAGCAAGAAGGCAAGGACACAACUGCAUUGAUGGCCCAUGUGGAAGACCUGAUCAUUAAGACAAUAAUUUCUGCUGAACUAGCUAUCGCCACUGCCUGUAAAACCUUUGUUCCGCACCGCAGCAGUUGUUUUGAACUGUAUGGCUUUGAUGUGCUCAUAGAUAAUACUCUGAAGCCAUGGUUGUUGGAAGUGAAUCUCUCUCCUUCUUUGGCCUGUGAUGCUCCUCUGGACCUAAAGAUUAAAGCCAGUAUGAUCUCAGACAUGUUCACUGUUGUAGGAUUUGUGUGCCAAGAUCCUGCCCAGCGGGCAUCCAACCGGUCAAUUUAUCCCAGUUUUGAGUCUUCCAGGCGGAACCCUUUUCAGAAACCUCAGCGCUCCCGACCACUCUCUGCCAGUGAUGCAGAAAUGAAAAACCUUGUGGCCUCAGCCCGGGAGAAGGUACCGGGGAAGUUAGGCGGUUCUGUGCUUGGUCUGUCAAUGGAGGAGAUCAAAGUUCUCCGAAGGGUAAAGGAGGAGAAUGAUCGGAGAGGAGGAUUUAUUCGCAUAUUUCCUACAUCUGAGACAUGGGAAAUAUAUGGGUCCUACCUUGAACACAAGACCUCCAUGAACUACAUGCUGGCAACACGCCUAUUCCAGGACAGGGGGAACCCCAGAAGGAGCUUGCUUACAGGAAGAGCACGAAUGAGUACGGAUGGAACACCAGAGCUAAAGGUGGAGAGCAUGAACUCCAAGGCCAAGCUGCAUGCUGCCCUUUAUGAGAGGAAGCUGCUGUCUCUGGAGGUGCGAAAACGUAGACGACGGAGUGGCAGAUUGAGGGCAAUGAGGCCAAAAUACCCAGUGAUUACCCAACCAGCUGAAAUGAAUAUUAAAACUGAGACAGAAAGUGAAGAAGAGGAAGAAGUUGGAUUAGACAAUGAAGAUGAAGAGCAGGAAGCUUCCCAGGAGGAGUCUGCGGGGUCUCUUGGAGAAAAUCAAGCCAAGUACACACCGUCAUUGACUGUUAUAGUAGAAAAUUCACCCAGAGAAAAUGCCAUGAAAGUUGCUGAGUGGACUAAUAAAGGAGAACAAUGCUGCAAAAUUGAGACUCAAGAGCCAGAGUCUAAAUUUAAUCUGAUGCAGAUUCUCCAGGAUAAUGGCAAUCUAAGCAAAGUGCAGGCCCGGUUAGCAUUCUCUGCCUAUCUUCAGCAUGUGCAAGUUCGUCUGACAAAAGACAGUGGUGGUCAGACACUCAGUCCUAGCUGGGCUGCCAAAGAAGAUGAACAGAUGGAACUAGUUGUUCGUUUUCUCAAGCGAGCAUCAAGUAACCUCCAACACUCACUGAGGAUGGUAUUACCUAGUCGGCGGUUGGCACUUCUGGAGCGCAGAAGAAUCCUUGCCCACCAGCUAGGUGACUUUAUAGUUGUGUACAACAAGGAAACAGAACAAAUGGCUGAAAAGAGAUCAAAGAAGAAACUCGAAGAAGAGGAAGAAGAUGGGGUGAACGCAGAAAGCUUUCAGGAUUUUAUCCGACAAGCAAGUGAGGCUGAACUGGAGGAGGUGUUGACUUUUUAUACCCAAAAAAACAAGUCUGCGAGUGUCUUCCUGGGGACUCACUCUAAAAGUUCUAAGAACAACAGUAGUUACUCUGAUAGUGGGGCAAAAGGUGAUCACCCUGAGACAAUACAAGAAGUGAAAAUAAAGCAACCCAAACAGCAACAGGCAACAGAAAUCCACUCUGAUAAAUUAUCUCGUGAGUGCUUGAAACACACAUUGCUCUCUGAUAUACCUCUCAAAGGAAACCAGUCGUCAGGAUUUACCACUUCAGCAGGAAAAGAGGCUAAACUAGUAUAUACCAACUGCUCUUCCUUCGCUGGCCCUGCUGCCGUUCUUCUGCAGAGACUCCCCAGCACCCAUCUGUCAUCAAUCAUCACAACCUCCGCCGCCCUCUCGUCAGGCCCUGGCCACCAUUCUUCUUUAUCUCAAAUUUCUCCAGCUAUCCCGAGCAUGCCUCACCAGUCAGCACUUUUACUGAACCCCGUCCCCGACAAUGCCUCCCCCUCCAUACACCCUGGGACCCAGAAUGUAAGCCCCGCUGGGCUGCCACGCUGUCGGUCAGGCAGCUACACCAUUGGCCCAUUUUCCUCUUUCCAAAGUGCUGCCCACAUUUAUAGCCAGAAGCUGUCUCGCCCCUCUUCAGCAAAGGCAGCAGGGUCAUGCCAUCCACACAAGCAUCAUUCAGGAAUAGCCAAGACACAAAAAGAAGGUGAAGAUGUGUCAUUUAACAGAAGGUACAACCAAAGUCUGGUUACGGCUGAACUCCAGCGGCUGGCGGAGAAGCAGGCAGCCAGGCAGUACUCUCCAGCCAGCCACAUCAGUCUCCUCACCCAGCAGGUGACAAACCUGAAUUUGGCCAGCAGUGUCAUAAACAGAAGCAGUACAUCAACCCCCCCUACCCUUCGGCCUGUCAUCAGUCCUAGUGGCCCGACGUGGUCUAUACAGUCAGACCUCCACACUCCUGAGAACCACUCCAGCCCUCCUGGAAGCAGGAGCCUCCAGACAGGUGGCUUUGCCUGGGAGGGCGAGGUAGAGAACAACGCAUACAGCAAGGCUACAGGUGUGGUGCCCCAGCACAAGUACCACCCCACAGCAGGCAGCUACCAACUCCAUUUUGCUCUCCAGCAACUCGAGCAACAAAAACUUCAGUCCCGGCAACUUCUGGACCAGAGUCGAGCCCGACACCAGGCAAUCUUCGGCAGCCAGACACUGCCUAACUCCAGUUUAUGGACAAUGAAUAAUGGUCCAGGCUGCAGAAUUUCAAGUGCCACAGCUGGUGGCCAGAAGCCAAACACCCUGCCACAAAAAGUGGUGGCACCUCCAAAUUCGUCCACGUUGGUCUCCAAGCCCCCAUCCAAUCACAAGCAAGUGCUCAGAAAGCCGGCAUCCCAGAGGGCUUCCAAAGGAUCCUCCGCAGAAGGGCAGCUGAACGGACUCCAGAGCAGCCUUAACCCUGCAGCCUUCAUGCCCAUCGCCAACUCCACAGGAUCUUUGGAAGCUCCCCAAGUUAUUUUCGCAAGAUCCAAACCCUUACCCACACAGUCUGGAGCCCUUGCUACAGUUAUAGGACAGAGAAAAUCAAAGUCGGUGAAGUCAGGGACAAUUUAAGAUCCUACUCACACUGACAGAUGAACAGAGACUCCGAGGGAAGAAGAACCUGCUGUGCGGUCGCUCUGGGAGCUUGAUGGAGGCUAAGCCUCCAUGGUGCUGGGAGGGGUCCAUAGUAUUUUUUUGCUGCCUCUGAGUCCCCAAGGCCUUUAAGCAGAAGUGACAGUCGAUGCUUGCCAUCAGCAGGACAACAGGGAAACAGACCCUCUGGGUUUGGAUGAGACUUGGCAGUGGGGACUCUCGCCUGAUGCGUUGUGUCCCCGUCAGAGCACCUUUCAGAGUGUGCCUUUCCUGCCUUCCCCGCUACCCUGCUAGGUCCCGUCUGUCUCUCUCCUCCCCCCCCCCCCCCCCCCCCCCGCUCACAGAUGGUAUAAAAGAGGCUUUUUGGCUAUUUGCAUCUGGCUUUCGCUUCUUUCCCAGAUUGAAAUAUUAAGUUUAUUUUAUUUUGUACAAGCUUCAGAUCCCAACAUCAACCACCAAACUUGAUCUUCCCUUUCCCGAGAGUGUGGGAGGUGGGGGCCAACAGCACCGGUUCCCCAGACGGGGGAGGCAAGUAGGCGGCUGCCAUGGAACAGGCGCCAUUUGGAAUUACUGACUUCUAAGAUUAAUAAAGUAAUUCAACUUUU